GCAUUCCGGGUGCACCGAUGGGUAAGUACUUCCGGUGUUAAGCGAUGACAGCUUACCGCGUGACAAAGGUCAUUGAAUUUCUGGAAUGACGAUUGUAUGAAGUUUCAUCAUCCUCAGUGACUGUCACCCACGUCAGGCGCCGCGAUGAGCGUGCGCUGCUUCCUGGGACCGGCGGCCGUUAUCUUCAGCCCUUCGGGGGUGUGCGGACUGCUACGUCCAUGCGCGGCCGCAAGAAAGAUGUCCACAAGGCAGAAAGACCAUCUGGAGCGGACGGCCGCCAACCACAGGCAAACGGCUCUCUUCCCAGCAAAGGUGUGUGGGAUCACAGAGGAGUCGGAUACGGUGAGACGCCUCAGUCUGACGGUCUCCGAUCCCAAAUUCACCUUUAAAGCUGGACAGUGGGUGGACUUCUUCAUCCCAGACCUGUCCACUGUUGGGGGUUUCUCCAUCUGUUCCAGCCCUGGCCUCCUACGAAGGGAGGGAGUGAUUGAGCUUGCUGUCAAGUACAGCCAGCAUCCUCCUGCGCACUGGAUUCACAGAGAGUGCCGUGUGGAUUCGGAGGUGGCCCUCAGGGUGGGCGGGGACUUCUUCUUCGACCCACAGCCCUGGGACCGGCCUGUGGACCUGCUCUUAUUGGCCGGUGGGGUGGGGAUCAACCCACUGCUCUCCAUCCUGCUGCAUGCGGCCGACCUGCUCCGUGGACCCAGUGCCAAUGGCGCCCCCUACCGGCCGGGCAGCAUUCGACUCUGCUAUAGCGCCCGCAGCUCGCGUGAGCUGCUCUUCAAGAACACCAUCCUGGACCUGUGUCAGGAGUUUCCGGGAACGAUAUCCUGUGACUUCUUCGUGACAAGGCAGAGUGACACCGUGGAGCCGCACCUCGGGCAGCAUGUAAGAGAGGGUAGGAUAACGGAGCAGGUUCUCAAGGACCACCUGGAGAGAAAGGAGCCCCAGUGCUACCUCUGUGGGCCGCCCCCUAUGAUCAACAGUAUCUCAGACCGGCUGCUGCACCUCGGGCUGCCCCAGGACAGGAUCCUGUAUGAGAAGUGGUGGUAGCUCCGCCCAGCCUGCCAGGAGGCUCCGCCCCCAUCGUCCCCAGGGGCACCACAUGGCACUGCGUCAGGUGCCUUGUGUUUGAACCGACCAUGCUGGUGCCACCAGUGGGUCUGCCCGUGUAUCUGCCCGUGUAUCUGCCCGUGUAUUCGCCCGUGUAUCUGCGGGAGUGCGGAGGGACGUCUCCCCACCAGCCGUUACGGAAAACGCACAGCUUGAAGGGACAAGUGCCAGAAUUUUUUUUUUUAAUUAAAUUCUUCUUGCAGCACUAUUUCCAUGUAAAGUAUGUAAUUCGUUCUUUGAAAAUGAGUUUUUGGGCCGUUAGACAGGAAAUUACCUCGUAUAAAACUGCUGUUUGCAUCACAUUUGAGUGAACAGACUUAAUAUAAAUGAAUAUUAUAUUCAGUUUAUUAUUUGAAUGCUUAUCUGUACCAUUUUAUUAAAAAAAAUGUAUUUCAGUGA